AUGGACUGCGGGAAGAUGGCGCACUUCUCUUCCAGUGUGAUUUUGCUCAUGGCCAUUUCCAACGCAUUUGAACUGGGAUUAGUUGCUGGAUUGGGCCAACAUGAACUUGCACGUCCAUCUUUGGGAGACCUCACCUUCAGAGAUGACAGCAUUCAGUCCCAGGAGCCUGCAAUUCAUUCUCGGUCUUUCCAGUUUGUGCCGUUCACGGGGAUACAGGACAGUAAGAAGCUAAACAAGACCUGCUGUCUGAAUGGGGGGACCUGCGUCCUGGGUUCCUUCUGUGCCUGCCCCCCCUCCUUCUAUGGACGGAACUGUGAGCAUGAUGUGCGCCACCGAGAGCACUGUGGGUCUGUGCCACACGGAGCCUGGCUGCCCAAGAAGUGUUCCCUGUGUCGGUGCUGGCAUGGCCAGCUCCACUGCUUUCCCCAGACGUUUCUACAUGGCUGUGGGGGUGGUGUGAUGGAUGGGUCCCUCGAGGCUUCCAGGACACCAGACUUAGCGCCGUCAGCAUGGACCACUCUCAUGCUAGCUGCCAUCUGUCUUUCCAUACAAAGUUGCUAUUAA